ACCCUUGCAACCUGACAAAGUACAUCAGGGCACAACCUUUCUAAGAAGCUCGGUGGAACAACGCUCGUGCUUAAUCAGUUCAAUAACAAUCAGUACGUAGUAUUUUUGAGCGAGCACAUAGUCAGUGAUCAGCUACGACUAUGGCGUCGGCGCGGAUUUUCCUCAGUUUUCUUGCGUUCCUUGUGUGCUGUGCUGUCGUUUCUUGCUCUGUACAAGACCAGACGGUAGAGGGCCGGACAGACGACUGCCUCACGGUCACGUAUUGUCCGAGGACGGCCGCCGUGUGCACAGACGGGGCGCUGGUGGAAAAGGUGUUGGCGGACAUGCUGGUACGCCUGGGGAGAGCCGAGCAAGUGGCGCUGGCACAAGCAGAACUCAUAAAGAACCUCACAGAGAGAACGGCGUCCCUGGAGGCUGAACUGAGUGCGCUCAAACAGCAGUCUGUCAAUCACACCGACAAGCGGUGCUGUGCGGAACUGCAGAGUCAGCUGACACAGAGCGCCGACCUGACUUCCAAAAUCAAGGACGACCUCUGUGGCACGUCGCCAAGUCUUGGCCACAUCUUCCAAGUAACAUCACCGGCCGGCUCGUACAAGUACGACUAUGAUGAGGCAGUGCAGGCCUGCUCUGAGCAGAACGCCAGUCUCGCCUCCUACCACCAGCUGUACGAGGCGUGGCAAGACGGGCUGGAGGUGUGUUCAUGCGGCUGGCUGGCAGACAGGACCGCCAGAUAUCCCAUGCAGGCUGGCAGGCAUGGAUGUGGCGAUGGUCGAAAGAUCAACACCUGUGAGUGGGCGCCCAACACCUGGAACGCUUGGUGCUUCAAGAACCUAGACAUAUGUGACUAACAGCGAACGCACAUGGGGGUGUACACGCUCGAAUACGUACCGCGCACACAGCAUUGCACCAAAUCUCAACCAAUCAGCUUCUUGCAAAUUCGCGGGUAAUUUGACAAGCACGCUGUGAUUGGUCUACGAAAAAGACCUAUUCUACACUAUGCGUAUUCAUAUCAACCAAAUGAGCGAAAAACAUCUGAGGGUAUCUGUCCACUCUACACCAAAUUCCAGAUGUUUUGGCUCAAAAAUGAAGAAGUUGAAUUCGUUUGACGAAAUGGCAGGAGAAGAAGAUGGGGGUCAUGUGGCGUAGUGGGUAACGACCUGCCUCACUUCGCUCAGAUGAAAAUGAG